AUGGGCUCCAUUGGCGAGAAUUAUUCAAAUGGUCAUUCGGCCACUUCCAGCGAAGGCCAGGGCCCCCGAAAGCCACUCAAACAGAGCGGACUGCUGAAUGAGAAAUUCGAAUCCGAAGAUCUUACGCCAAUUAUCGGUCGGGAGUUCCCCCAAGUCAACAUUGUUGAUGACUUGAUGAAGUCCGAUGAUGCAGAUGCACUCUUGAGAGAUCUCGCCAUCACGAUCAGCGAGCGCGGCGUCGUCUUCUUCCGCAAACAGGACAACUUGACGGACGAUUUGCAGAAGAAGUUCAUCCAGCGCCUUGGGGAGCUAACGGGCAAGCCGCCCUCAUCGACGCUCCAUAUCCAUCCGAUCCUCAAUGGGUCCAGCGAAUUCGGGCACGAUUUGGAGAUUAGCAACAUCUCGUCUGUGUCCCGCAAAAAGCUUUUCGAUGCCAGUGGCGAAAUCAAGAAUAAGCGCAAAUACGACGCCGCGCAGUGGCACAGCGAUAUCCAGUUUGAGCCAGCGCCGGCGGAUUACACGAGCUUGAGACUAACCCAGCUGCCCAAGACGGGAGGAGAUACCCUCUGGGCAAGCGGUUAUGAGAUAUACGAUCGCAUGAGCCGACCGUGGCAGAAAUUCCUCGAAGGGUUGACGGCGACUUUCAUCGGAGACGGGUUCAUCAGAGCCGAACAGCAAGGGAGGGCGACGCUGUACGAUCAACCCAGAGGAUCACCGUUGAAUGUGGGCAAGCAUUUGAGCGCUGUGCAUCCUGUGGUGAGGACAAAUCCCGUCACCGGGUGGAAGUCCGUGUAUGCGAUCGGAACAUUUCCCAAAGCGUUCAACGAGUUAAAUGCUGAGGAGACUGAAGAGCUGUCUAAGAAACUGCGCGGUAUGAUCGUGGACAACCACGAUUUGCAGGUGAGGCUUAAAUGGAGGAAUGAGAAUGAUAUUGCAAUCUGGGAUAACCGAUCCGUCUUCCACUGUGCCACGUUUGAUUACGAUGGUUUGGGCGAGCGGUUUGGACAUCGCGCGGUCGGUAUUGGCGAGGCUCCGUACCUGGAUCCGAAUAGUCAGUCGCGGGCAGAAGCUCUUGCUUCAUCAUAG